GGACAGAGGGGAGCGGCCUCUAGGUUUCCUGUGUCAGCCUGUGGGGGGGCAUGUGGAGGCCAUGGGCGCGCGCUGCGUGUCCUCCUCCUCCUCUUCGGCCGCCGCACACCGCCACCACCACCAUCUCGUCCCUUCUCCUCCUCCCCCAUGCGCCGACAAUGCGCGGCCUCAAAACCCCCUCCUCCCCUCCCUCUCGAGGUCCGCGAUUUCUCCGAUUCGCUUUCUCGAUUUGAUUCACCUAGACGACUGCUGGAUUGCUUGGUUGCGGUGGAUAUGGCGUCCUCCUCCAAGCUGCUCUACAUUGUCGUCGCCGACCAUGGCCGUGACAACACCUUCCGCUACACGCGCCCCGUCCUGCAGAGCACGCUCCAGCUCAUGGGAUGCAAGCCUCGACACGCCUUCAAGAUCAGCAGAAGAGUAUUCGAGGUGACAAAGACCGAUGAAUCCUUAGGCUCACCAAAACCGGGUCAGGAGAACGAUGGCAGCAUCAUCGACGCUGCUGCUGCUGACCUCUUCAACACAGACAGCAACGUGCCGUUCCAACUGUACAAGACCCAGACAACUGCUCUUGUUUCCAGGGAGGAGUUCCUAGAUGUUGUGUGCCAUGCCCUCACUCUCUACAAGUAUGUCGGCCCCAAUCAGAGGGCUGACUUGCUUCUUGCCUGCAGGAUCAAGGAGAGAAAAGAAUCUGUGACAGUGCUGUUGUGUGGCACAAGUGGAUGCGGCAAGUCCACCCUGUCAUCUUUGUUGGGCAACAGGCUGGGUAUCACCACCAUAGUUUCCACGGACUCUAUACGGCACAUGAUGAGGAGUUUUGUAGACGAAGAGCAAAACCCUCUGCUCUACGCGUCAACCUACCACGCAGGAGAUUUUCUAGACCCUGUUGCAGUUGCCCAAGCUAAGGCGAAAGGCAAGGCAAACAAACUUGCUGUUAUUUCUCAUUCCAAUGCUAAUGGACACAAAGAUGGUGGCACUUCAGAUGAGAAAUGUACUGACGGAUCGUCAGACCUGUCUCCUAGAACUGAAGUGACCAGCAAAAAGCAAAUGGCGAUAGAAGGGUAUAAAGCGCAGAGUGAGAUGAUCAUUGGCAGCCUUGACAGAUUAAUUACGACCUGGGAGGAGCGGAAAGAAUCUUUAAUUGUAGAAGGAGUUCAUUUAAGCCUGAAUUUUGUGAUGGGGCUAAUGAAGAAACAUCCGUCCGUAAUACCAUUUAUGGUAUACAUUACAAAUGAGGAGAAGCACAUGGAACGGUUUGCCGUCCGUGCAAAGUACAUGACACUUGACCCAGCAAAGAACAGAUAUAUUAAAUACAUCCAGAACAUCAGAGCUAUCCAGGAGUACCUGUGCAACCGAGCCGACAAACAUCUAGUGCCCAAAAUUAACAACACUAAUGUAGACCGGAGUGUGGCGGCUAUUCAUGCCACGGUUUUUAGCUGCCUUCGCCGGCGGGAGGCUGGGGAGCAGCUGUAUGACCCCCAUACAAAUACUGCAGCUAUGGUUGAUGAAGAGUACAGGAACCAGUGUGCCGCAAACUCAUUGAGUUCCAAAUGCAUGUUUCAGUUAAUUCAAAGGAAAGGUUCUUCUAGGAAUCUGAUGGCUCUCCUUAACACCGAUGGAUCAGUUGCUAAGGCAUGGCCUGUGUACGCCGGGGACAGCAGUGGAAUCAUAAAUGAUGGCGCAAUCAGUGAGAAGUCUGUUGGAAGUCCUAUGUAUGGCCCGUUGCAAAUCGGGAAGGCAGAGCCUGUCAAUCUUCAGUUUGGCUCUUUUGGGAUUAGUGCAUGGCCAAGUGAUGUAGGAGGCACCAGUCAUUCUGGAAGUGCUGAUGACUCGAGGGUUGACGGCACUGAUACAGGGAGUAGAUAUUUAUCCUCAUGUUGCAGCUCACCAAAGGUGUCAGAGGACCUUUCCAAAGAGCUUGUGGAGGAGUAUUCAGUUUUUGACAGUGAAGAAGAAGAAGAGGAAGGUGAGGAUGCUGGGGAUGUAGAGAGUAAUGACGAUCUAACGGAUGAAGAAAAGGACAUCCAAGAGAUGGAGGAAGCAGGGUCUGUGGAUGAGCGUUCGACAAAGUCGGAUGAGGAGUAUGACGACCUAGCCAUGGACGAGGAUGGCUACUGUUGUGAUGAUGAGCAGCAGCCCACAAUCCCGUGGGUAGGCAGCAACGGCGGCGAUGAUGAUGGUUGUAUGAAUUCAGAGUACAAGCACAACCUGGGGCUGUUGAUGGAAAUGAGAAAGGAAGGUGGGUCGGAGAUGGCGUGCGCCUACUCUCUGGUGAAGGGCGGCAGCAGUGAUGAGAAGAUGAGGAGACGAUGCGUGCAAGAUUUGCAAGGGCCGUAGCACCGCCUGGCCAUGGUAGCGAGCAAGACUAGGUAGGUGCUUGUGGAAGUGGAGGCUGAGACAGGUAGGUGGUGUUAGAUCACCUGAGCUAGAGCUAGUUGUGUUGCUGCUUGUAAGAUGUCAUGCCCCACGUUGUUGUAUUUCUGGAGAGGAAGCAGGGGAAGAUGUAGUAGUGCAGCAGAAACUGUAUCAGUAAUAAAUUCCAUUCCGAUGA